UCCUUCCUCCAUGCUGAGAGCUACAGACACAAAGAAGAGAGGGGGGAAAGAAAAGGAAAUACAGAAAAGGAGACACGAUUUUUGCCAUUCCUCUCAACCUGAGACUCUUCACUCUUAAUACUCUCCUUCCUCGCUUCUUCUCUCCUCAUCCUUUAAGGUUUUAAAAAGUCAGAUGAGAGAUGGGAUGUGGGAAUUCUUCUCCAGCCAACAACACCAACAAAAGCAGCGGCGGCGGCAGCACUGCAGGUCCUGCUGAGUCUUCAUCAAAGGGAUCAGAAGAGUCUGCUCCAGAAGAUGAAAAAUGGAAGAACUAUGGAGGUGUGUAUGUGGGAUUUCCUACAGAUAUGAGCAACAUCCCUCAAGUUCAGAUAGGAUCACUGAGAGAGAGUGAGAAAGGUUCGUCAUCCCUCGGGAGGCCGUUGUGGGGGAACGGACUCUAAUUCUAAUGAAGAGCCAGGUGCUACAAAGAAACCUUACGACAGCAGGAGUCUGUUGUGCAUGGAGAAGAAGAAGAAACCCUCCGGAUGCAAGUCUGAAUGGGGACCAGUGCUGCAGCAGUGACCUUCUGCAUGGACUCAAAUGGGACUGUGGAGUCUGAUAAACCUGACUGUUAUGGAGGCAGAUGUCAGCCCAGACUCUUGGCCUUAUAAACUGACAGAUUGCUUAUAAAAGGAUGAAGAGUCCUCUGGAUGCACCUCAUGAUGAGGGUUUUAGGAGGCUGCUAAAUGAAGUGGCAGCUGCAGGUGAAACUCUAACAGCUUAUGAACAUGAAAUGGAAACUGAGAGGUGGAAGAUGUGCCGUACCUUGUCGAAUUUGUUUCUGAAGUCAGAUGCAUAAGACUGGCUGUGUAAUGUAUUUAAGGUCUUAAAAGGGUAAAUAUCAUUGAGACAAAGGUAAUAGUUAUUGAAGGAUCUGAAUCAGCCAAUCACAUGGCAGCAACCAAUGCAUUUCAGUCUACAAAUUUCUCUAAGAGACAAAAAAGCUAAUGAAUUGAUCACUCUAGCAAAAUAAAGUACUGAGCAGAACUUUUAGGCAUGUUUGGGACAAAAAUUGAGGCUGUAGAUGUGGCAGGUAAGCCAACUGAGGCCACUAUCGGGUGAGAAGAAUUGAUGCAACCCCAGCUGUGCUCUGGAAGUAAACACCACCUCAGGUACUGUCCAGGCGCAACUCGAGCCUUGUGGUGAAUCCUUAGUGCUCUGCAUGCCUAAAACUUGUGCACAAGACUGCAUAAUAACACAUUAACAUCUAAUCAGCCAAUCAAAUUGCAGUGAGCAACACAUUUAGACAUGGUCAAGAUAAUCUGAGCUUCAGAAUGGGUAAAAAAUGCCUAAACGCAUCUGUUGCCUGUGUCUGUUGUUAAAGAUGGAUGUCUCUAAGGGCUUCAGGCUGAGUGAGGAGUCAUCACUGUGACUGAACAGCCAUAACACGUCUAAAGAUUAAUUCAAUGUUUCUGAAGCAGGCGACAGACAUUUUGAUAUAACUAAAUAGACUUUUAUGAGAAGUGCUUUGAGGUAUAAAAGUAAUAAAGGAUG